UGGUGUUAGAAUAAUUAAUUCAAACAUCUUUGGCCCCCAUUUGAUUCCUUCUUCUUAGUUGAGUUUUGACUUCAUUCACAUCAACACCAGGCUACCUUCCAAUGCUAUUGUAGACUGAAACUAACGAAGAUGGAAACAAUGCAGCUAUCACCAUAGUAAUUCACCAAAUGAUUUUGACACAUAAAAUGCUUGCCAGUAUAUAACUUAACCUGAUCCAAAACAAGGCAAGAUAAUCCCCAUAGUAGUGCUCCCACGGAAAGAGAGAGAUGUUGACGAUAGUAGCGCUCGUCUUAAUUUUCCUUCUCUCAGUUUUCUUGCUGAAAAGAAGCAGUGCUCCCAAGGCAAUGGACAGCAUCCCAGGAACGUUGGGCUGGCCCGUUGUGGGGGAGAGCUUCUCAUUCCUCUCCACUUUCUCAAGCCCGGCCGGCAUCUUCAGCUUCAUGCAGGAAAGGCAGCAAAGGUAUGGCAAGGUGUUCAAGAGUUAUGUGUUGGGGAGAUAUACGGUGUUCAUGACGGGGAGAGAAGCGAGCAAGAUUCUACUGACAGGGAAAGAUGGGCUAGUGAGCCUGAAUCUCUUCUACACGGGGAAGCAAGUUCUUGGCCCGACGAGCUUGCUUACACAGAGCGGAGAAGCGCACAAGAGGCUACGAAGACUCAUAGGGGAGCCCCUCUCUAUGGAUGCUCUCAGAAAGUAUUUCCCAUUCAUCAAUGCUUUGGCCAUUGAGACCUUACAUCAUUGGUCCAACCGAAAAAUUCUAGUUCUUGAAGAGACUUCCACGUUCACACUGAAGGUGAUAGGCCACAUGAUCAUGAGCUUGGAGCCUACAGGUGAGGAACAAGAAAAGUUCAGGUCCAACUUCAAAAUCAUAUCUUCUUGUUUCGCCUCUUUGCCGUUUAAGAUCCCAGGAACUGCUUUUUAUCGAGGCAUCAAGGCACGAGAUAGGAUGUAUGCGAUGUUAGAUGCUACCAUUGCCCAACGAAGAAAGGGAGAAGGCUUCCAGCAGGAUUUCUUGCAGUCCCUGUUGAAGAAGCAUAGCAAAGACAGCUCAGAAGCAGACGACAACAACGAUGAUGAUAAUAAGCUUACAGACAAGCAAUUGAAGGAUAACAUAUUGACACUGCUGGUUGCAGGCCAUGACACCACUACAGCUGCUCUAACAUGGCUUAUCAAGUUUCUUGCAGAGAAUCCUGAAGUAUUAGAACGUCUCAGAGAAGAACAUCAGCAAAUUGAAAGUAGCAGAGAUGAUGGAUCAAGCCUUACCUGGUCAGAAGUGACCAAUAUGCCAUACACUGCAAAAGUCAUCAGUGAAACUCUUAGAAGAGCAACAAUUUUGCCAUGGUAUUCAAGAAAAGCUGCACAAGACUUUGAUAUUGAUGGAUACAAAAUCGAAAAGGGUUGGUCUGUCAACUUGGACGUUGUAUCCAUCCACCAUGAUCCUGAGAUCUUUCCCGAACCAGAGAAGUUCAAUCCUUCCAGAUUCGAUGAGCCACUGAGACCUUAUAGUUUUCUUGGAUUCGGAAAUGGACCGCGUAUGUGCCCUGGAAUCAACCUCGCAAAAUUGGAAAUUUGUGUUUUCAUCCAUCAUCUGGUCUGCAGAUACAGAUGGAAGCCCCUAGACAGGGAUGAUUCAGUCCAGCCAACGCUUGUGCGGAUGCCUAAAAACAAGUAUCCUGUCAUGAUAGAGCCUCUAUAG